AAGAGGUUCACUCCAAACUGCAAUUUUGUUAUUUCAUGUAAAAGAGAUGAAGUCAAUCUUAUCCAGCACUUCUCUCGACUCUUCCUUCUCUCUCUCUAAACGUUACUUCAACUGGAAGAAGAAGAAGGUUCAAGAAGAAGACGAAGAGGAGGAAGAAGAAGACGAUCACAACAACGAAGAAAAGAUCUUGACACGUUUCAACUUUUCCUCCGACCCGACACAACCAGAUCAGUUCCAUACUGAACACGUGAUGCAAAAGAAGACGAAAAAGACAAUAGAGAAGAUCCGUUACGCACUCGGUUUCUCUAGUCCGAGUCUAGGUUUCCGGGUCGUGGGUACGUUAUUCGGAAGCCGUCGUGGACAUGUGUACUUCGCCGUACAGGAUGACCCGACCCGUUUACCAGCUGUUUUAAUCCAGUUACCGACUCCGACAAGCAUACUCGUCAAGGAAAUGGCUUCAGGGCUCGUGAGGAUUGCGCUAGAAACGGCAGCGUUUAAGACGGACUCGAAGAAGCUUCUUGAAGAGUCUUCGUGGAGAACGUACUGUAACGGCAAAAAGUGCGGUUAUUCGGCGAGGAAAGAGUGUGGAGAGGCGGAGUGGAGAGUGUUGAAGGCGGUGGGGCCUAUUACGAUGGGUGCCGGAGUCUUACCUGCGGCGGCAACGGCGGGGGAAGAAGGGAAUGAAGCGGUGGGGUCCGAGAAAGGUGAGCUCAUGUAUAUGAGAGCCCAGUUCGAGCGGGUUACCGGGUCGAGAGACUCGGAGGCCUUUUACAUGAUGAAUCCUGAUGGGUCAAGUGGUGGGCCUGAGCUUAGUGUGUAUUUUCUAAGGGUUUAAGGGAAAGAAAAAAAACACAAAUUAGUAAUGAUUAAAGAUUGGUAGAUUGUGUUUUUGACUAUGGUGUUUUUGUUUAAAUGAUGGGAUAAUGUCAUAUGGGAAAUGUUAUUUAGAAGCAAUAUUGUAUGAAAUCAUUGUUUCUUUCGCAUAUGGUCAAUAUU